CAAAACCAGCCCCACCCCCAUUAUUUACUACCAACUGAAAUUAAAAAACCGUGGUUUUUCAAAGAAUGUCAAAGCAGGGUGCUUACCAGCGGGUACCAGUGGCUGGGGAUUCGGAAGAGGAAGAAGAAGUGACUCUCUUUGACAAGAGGUUCGGUGAGGGAGUCUACGAGGAGAACGUUGAGUUGAUAUUCAGACAAAGGAAAGGUGGCAAGCUCCAGAGAGGUUUCCAGGAACAAUACCAGCAGCAAAUAUUUAACAAGAGAAGCAUCACUUGUGGAGCAGUUGUACUACUAGCACUACUGGUAGCUGUAUUGAUCGGAUACACUGCCUGGAGGAUACAAGCAAACAAGGUUUUAAUAGGAAACACUACUGCUAGUACACCUGGUCCAUCAGCUCCUACUCCAUCAGGUAAUGAUGAAUUGACUCUUAUCACUGGAACUAAUGAGAAUGAUCCUAACAGUUGGAGAGUUGUUAUGGAAGGAGGCAUGACUGAGUUGAGCAUGAUCCUACAUGAUAUUAACAAAGAUGGGACUCCUGAUAUUAUUAUCAAUAAUGUCACUGAUUCUUAUGACUCUGCUGGAUAUGACGGUUGUCAAGACCAGCCUGAUAAAUGUCUAGAGACUAAAGGUUUCUCCCCAUGUCAGGUUCGGCUCCUUGCUUUUGACGGUAGAUCUAGUGCCAUAUUGUGGAAUGAGUGGGCUCUAUUUGAAUCAUUUGCUUCAAAUUGUAGGACAGACCUCAAUAAAGAUGGCCAGUCUGAUUGCAUCUUUGCCGGUAGAGGAGGUAGCCUUGCAGCAUUUGAUCUGUUCCACAAGGAGCUACUGUGGGUUGUUGAUCCAGCCAUUACUGUUCCUCCAUAUAACUACUAUUAUCCAUUGAUUACUAAGGAUUUUGAUAAAGAUGGUGUCCCUGAUAUUAUAGUGACUCAUGGAGGAGAUCCAUUUUACUCUGACACUGAAAAGAAGCGCACUCCUGGUUUCCUAGCUGUUAUUUCAGGAGCAACAGGACAGGGUCUCUCCCGUAGGAUAAUAAUUCCUGAUAAUCAUGAGACAUAUAGCUCACCUGUACUCUAUAGAUCCAGUGAUAAUAUUGAACUGGUUCUGUUUGGGUCUGGAGGUGAAACUAUACCAGGAUCACUGUGGGCUCUGACACUGAGUAGCUUAGAGGAUCAUGUGGCAAGUUACAAGAAGGAAACCUCUUACACUGUUAAUAAAGUAUACAAGAAUUUUGUGUGUUACACUAAGGAACAGUUAACAAAACUGAGACCCAAACUUAUCCGUGGGAUAUACUCUACCUCAAAACAUGAGGAGUGGAUGAAAGCCUGUCCAGUACUAGCUGGUGGUGUUAGUCCAAUUUGGAAUGUAUUCGGAUUAUGUGUUUAUGAGCUGAUACCUGCUGGUGUGUCUGGUACUAUCCUACCUCCAGUAAUAGCUGAUGUGAACAAUGACAAUCAUUUGGAUCUAUUAGUGUCUCAGUUCAAUGAUCACACACUGCUUUAUGAUGGAGCAAGUGGACUAAUAACUUGGGAUCAUUACUCACCAGACACACAAACAUACAGUAUCCCUGGUCCUUUGUAUUACAAUGAUGAUGACACACUGGACUUUGUAGCUCGUUUUAACAAAGGGAGGUGGAUGAAUUAUGAGUACUCUUACAUGACAGUCCUUGAUGGGAGGAAUGGUGAUAUCCUCUGGCGUAUUAACUGCUCACAGGCAGCAAUGUCAUCACCAGUCACUGUUCAUAGCAAGACUAGAGGAGAUGAUGGUUUCCUGUUUCUUGGAAUCGGUUGUGGUAAAAUGAUUGAUGAUAUCAUUAAUUCUGGUGAACGAUCCUCUCAUUCUCCAAAUGAUGGUAGGAGUAAGAGAUCCGCACAGUGUCCAGUGAAACACUUUGAAAGAGAUAAUGAUAGAUGUGUCUUUAACCCUCUUGAUGUUCUAUUGCAUUCUCGUCAAGAAAGGCAUGGUAAUGAUGAUGGAUUGCUCCAAGGUUCCGGUGAUAAUGAUGUCAGAAUCCCUCCUCAGGAAAACAUGAUUGACAUUGACUUCAGUGAGUAUUAUCCUGAUGAUCUAUGGGAGAGCAAUGGACCAAUGGAUAUCUUUCCUGAUCCUGAUGAGAGCCCAGAGUCUUUCAUGAAGGAUUACUGUGGAUAUGAUCCUGAUCUGUUGCAAGCUAAUAUUUACUUCUUGAACAGGAAAUUAAUAGAAUCACUAACUGAUGUUAUACCAGUUAUGUCCUUUGAUACUUACAUAUACAAGGUAUCUCAUAAAGACUUGAAGAAACAUCAUGGUGAAAACAAGGGACCAACUGCAAGUGAUACUGGAGAGCAAUCAAUGGAGGACAUUGAACUAAUGAUGAUAAAGAAACUAAUGAAAGACCGCAAGGGACUUCGUUGUGCUCACGUAAUGGCCCCUGUACUAUCAGCAGGGACUCCUGUUAUAACUGACUCUGAUGGAGAUGGUAAAGUUGAAGCUAUUGUGUCCCUUACUUAUACAGCAGUACCUAGUCCUUAUAGUGUAAAAGUACUGGACUUCAUUCAUCCACCUAAACUUAUUGUGCAGAGUUUGACUAUUGAGAAUAGACUGAAGGCUAUUUAUGGGACUCAGGUACAAGGAGUAUCAUCUGACUACUGGCCAAUGGAUAAACAACCUUGGACUGAAUAUAUGGGGAGCAAUGGUAAUGGGGUUUAUGUGAAGCAUCAUAAAUGAUAAUAACAUGAAGUAACUAAUGAUAGUACUGACAGUAAUAAUGAUGUAAUAACAAUAAUAAAACAAUCCUCUGUGAUACAUGUAUUGAUAUUUUCGUACUCUUAUUUUUGUAUUAAUGCUUUUGUUUUAAAAACUAGAAUUUAAUUAAAA